AUGCCGCCGCCGCGCUCCGCCGCGCUGCUGCUGCUGGUCGCGCUCCUGGCGCGCGCAGCGGCCACCGGCUCCCCCUGGGUCUACUCUGAUGGCGCACCGGUGCAGUCCAACACGAUCAGGAUUACAACCCUCGGAUCCGGCUCGCCAGAUGUCCGCAAGGAGCAGCUGGCGAGCGGCUUCUUGGUGGAGGUCGGCAACGGCGAGCAGGACAAGUUCAUUUUUGACCUGGGCACCGGUGCCUUCAUCAACCUGUGGGCCACCGGCGUGCCCCUGUCCACGCUGACCAAGGUCUUCCUGACUCACCUGCACUCCGACCACCACGCUGACCUGGCGACCCUGUACGUGGGCGCCAUGUUUGGGCGCAAGCAGCCGUGGGAGGUCUGGGGGCCGUCCGCGGCCACCCCCGAGCUGGGCACUGCGGCAGCCAUCGAGGGCCUGCGGCGGUUCAUGGCAUGGGACACCGCCGCGCGCCGCCACAUUGACCUGGUGGGCCGCAAGGACGACGGCGACAAGGUGAUUGCGCGCGAGUUCGACUUCUCCAAGGUUAAUCAGGUGGUGUACAAGCGCAACGGCGUGACCAUCCGGUCCACCCCUGUGAGCCACUACAACACCAGCGGGCCUGUGGCUUAUCGCCUUGACUUCCAGGGCAUCUCCUUCACCUACUCGGGCGACACGCGGCCCGUCCCCGAGCUCACCAACCUGGCCAAGGGCACCGACGUGCUGAUCCUCCAGAACAUGGGCCCCAUUGAGGACCUGGCGGCCCUGAGCUACGAGAGCCAGCUGCUCAUCAACACGAGCCACAUCACGCCUCAGCAGGCUGGUGUGAUCUUCCAGGACGUGAAGCCGCGGCUGGGCGUGGCGCACCACCUGACGGUCAACGCGGCCAGCAGGGCUGCCAUCAUCGAGGACAUCAGGGAGGGGUACCCCAAGGGCCCCAUCAUCAUCAACGAGGAUCUGACUGUCUACGAGAUCACCAAGGAGAAGGUCGAGGUUAAGAAGAGGCUGGUGCCCCCGCGCAGCUGGGGCUACUGGCACGCGGAGAGCAACUGGCAGGCCGCGGCGCCGGCCGAGGGCGCGGCGCGCGCGGACGGCGGUGGCUUCCAGGCGGUUGGGCUGCCGUCGUCCAAGUGA